GUGCUUCCUUGGAGGUACUAUGAAGUAGUACUAGUAGCUCACCGGAGUGUGACGCACUGACACAGUACGGUGCACGCCGGCCGGCCGAGACCAGCAGAAAAGCCCGUCUCUGUCGCCGUCUCCACGUGGCCCCUUCCGGUCUCCUUCCUCCGCAUCUCCAGCAAAGUGUACAAGUCCGAACUCUUCUAGUCGGAGGUCGGAUGAGAUCGCGACGUACGGACGACUGCUUUGCAUCCCGGGCGAAGCAAACGCCCCCGGCCACGCCAACACGGCCGGCUUCCAUCCGCCACCGUGUCCCGCCACGCGCCGCCGCUCCGAGCCCGCCACGCGCCCCGGCCGAAUCCUAUAUAUCCAUGUCGCUCUCCUCGCUCCCUCCCGACCAUACAUACAACCUCGAUCACAAGCCAACACCAUUGAUUCUCUCGCUAGCUGCAGAUGAUAAGCAAACAACCGUCGCCUUGCAAGAUCAUGGACCGGUGCGGCGUGGGACUCUACGGCGUCGUCGACGGCGGCGGGUACGCGACGGUGACGUCGGCGCCGCCCAAGCGGCCGGCGGGGCGGACCAAGUUCCGGGAGACGCGGCACCCGGUGUACCGGGGCGUGCGCCGGCGCGGCGCCGCGGGGCGGUGGGUGUGCGAGGUGCGCCAGCCCAACAAGAAGUCGCGCAUCUGGCUCGGCACCUUCGCCAGCCCCGAGGCCGCCGCGCGCGCCCACGACGUCGCUGCGCUGGCCCUGCGCGGCCGCGCCGCCUGCCUCAACUUCGCCGACUCGGCCGCCAUGCUCGCCGUCGACCCGGCCACGCUCCGCACGCCCCAGGACAUCAGAGCCGCUGCCAUGGCGCUCGCCCGGGCCGCCUGCCCCCAGGACGCGCCGGCGCCGUCGAUGGGCGUGGCGUCCGCGCCCGCGCCCACCGCGAUGGUGACCAUGCAGGAGGCCGCGGCGGCGCCGUACGACAGCCUCGCCAUGUACGGCGGCUUGGCGGACCUGGACCAGCGUUCCCACUCCUACUACGAUGGGAUUAGCGGCUGCGGCGGCGACUGGCAGAGUAUCUCGCGUAUGGAUGGAGCCGACGAAGACGGUAGCUACGGCGCAGGAGACGUCGCGCUCUGGAGCUACUGAUCGCGUGGGAUCGAUCGGGCAGUUUCUUGCGCUCGAUUCGCUCGCUUCCGAGUCCUCCGAAAUCGACGAUGGAGAUCAGGCCGAGCUCGGAGGGGAGUGUGGUGUGAAAGCACGCCAAAGUUUAAAGCGCGCCUACUCUGCUUUCCCUGUUCUUUCAAAAGUGGCGCUAAAACUGCACACAUGAGCAAGUUUUGGUAGGGGUAAAGAUAUGCAACCCAGUUUGCUGAGUGGUUACAUACAAUUUAAACCUCACAUCAGAUUAUUUUUCCCCUUCCAUGUAAAUAGCUCUGUUCAAAGAAAUAGUAUAUCUUGUAAA